CGUCCUGCUGCGCACGUGGGAGGCCGCGCUCCUGGCCCUGCAGUCCACCGCGAUGCCGCGCGCGCCACGCUGCCGAGCCGUGCGCUCCCUGCUGCGCAGCCGCUACCGCGAGGUGCUGCCGCUGGCCACGUUUGUGCGGCGCCUGGGGCCCGAGGGCCGGCGGCUCGUGCAGCGCGGGGACCCGGCGGCUUUUCGCGCGCUGGUGGCGCAGUGCCUGGUGUGCCUGCCCUGGAACGCACGGCCGCCCCCCGCCGCCCCUUCCUUCCACCAGGUGUCCCCCCUGAAGGAGCUGGUGGCCCGGGUGCUGCAGAGGCUAUGCGAGCGUGGCGCGAGGAACGUGCUGGCCUUCGGCUUCGCGCUGCUGGAUGGCGCCGGCGGCGGCCCCCCCGAGGCCUUCACCACCAGUGUGCGCAGCUACCGGCCCAACACGGUGACCGAGACGCUGCGCGGCAGCGGGGCGUGGGCGCUGCUGCUGCGCCGCCUGGGCGACGACGUGCUGGUUUACCUGCUGGCGCACUGCGCGCUCUACGUGCUGGUGGCUCCCAGCUGCGCCUACCAGGUGUGCGGGCCGCCGCUGUACGAGCUCCGCGCUGCCCCCGAGCCCCAGCCCGCGCCACACGCGGCUGGGACGCGAAGGGGUCUGGGACGCGAACGGGCCUGGAGCAGCAGCGUCAGAGAGCCCGGGGUCCGCCCGGGCCUGCCAGCCCCGGGUGGGAGAAGGCGCCGGGGCAGUGCCAGUGUAAGUCCACCGUGGCCCAAGAGGCCCAGGUGUGGGCCUGCCCCGGAGCCGGAGCCGACGCCUGUAGGGCAGGGAUCCCGGGCGCACCGGGGCAGGGCGCGUGGACCGAGCGGCCAUGGUUUCUGCGUGGUGUCACCUGCCGGAGCCGCCAAGAAAGCCCCUGGCUCAUGCCACUCGUACCCAUCAGCGGGCCGCCAGCCUGCGGCGGGGCCCCCAUCCACAUCGCGGUCACCGCAGCCCCGGGACACGCGUUGUCCCCUGGUGUAUGCCGAGACCAAGCACUUCCUCUACUCUUCGGGUGCCCAGGAGCGGCUUCGGCCCUCCUUCCUACUGAGCGCCCUGCGCCCCAGCCUGACAGGCGCCCGCAGGCUCCUGGACACCAUCUUUCUGGGUUCGAGGCCAGGGACGCCCCGCAGGCUGCCCCGCCUGCCCCAGCGCUACUGGCAGAUGCGGCCCCUGUUUCUGGAGCUGCUCGGAAACCACGCGCGUUGCCCCUACGGGGCGCUCCUCAAGACGCACUGCCCGCUGCGGACUGCGGUCACCCCAGCGGCCCGAGUCUGUGCCCAGAAGCCCCUGGGCUCUGUGGCAGCCCCCGAGGAGGAGGACACAGACCCCCGUCGCCUGGUGCAGCUGCUCCGCCAGCACAGCAGCCCCUGGCAGGUGUACGGCUUCCUGCGGGCCUGCCUGCGCCGGCUGGUGCCCCCCGGCCUCUGGGGCUCCAGGCACAACGAGCGUCGCUUCCUCAGGAACACCAAGAAGUUCAUCUCUCUGGGGAAGCAUGCCAAGCUCUCGCUGCAGGAGCUGACCUGGAAGAUGAGAGUGCGUGACUGCACUUGGCUGCGCAGGAGCCCAGGGGUUGGCAGUGUUCCGGCUGCAGAGCACCGUCUGCGGGAGGAGAUCCUGGCCAAGUUUCUGCACUGGCUGAUGGGCGUGUACGUGGUGGAGCUGCUCAGAUCUUUUUUUUAUGUCACGGAGACCACGUUUCAGAAGAACAGGCUCUUUUUCUACCGGAAGAGUGUCUGGAGCAAGUUGCAGAGUAUCGGAAUCAGGCAGCACUUGCAGAGGGUGCAGCUGCGGGAGCUGUCAGACGCCGAGGUCCGGCGGCGUCGGGAAGCCAGGCCGGCUCUGCCGACGUCCAGGCUCCGCUUCCUCCCCAAGCCCGACGGGCUGCGGCCUAUUGUGAACAUGGACUACGUCGUGGGAGCCAGAACGUUCCGCAGAGAAAAGAGGGCCCAGCGUCCCACCUCGAGAGUGAAGGUGCUGUUCAGCGUUCUCAACUACGAGCGUGCGCGGCAGCCCGGCCUCCUGGGCGCCUCCGUGUUGGGCCUGGACGACAUCCACAGGGCCUGGCGCGACUUUGUGCUGCACAUGCGGGCCAGGGACCCGCCGCCCGAGCUGUACUUUGUCAAGGUGGAUGUGACAGGCGCAUACGACACCAUCCCCCAGGACAAGCUUGUGGAGGUCAUUGCCAGCAUCAUCAGGCCGCAGGCCACGUACUGCGUGCGGCGGUAUGCUGUGGUCCAGAAGGCCGCCCACGGGCACGUCCGCAAGGCCUUCAAGAGCCAUGUGUCCACCCUGGCGGACCUCCAGCCGUACAUGCGGCAGUUUGUGGCCCGCCUGCAGGAGACCAGCUCCCUGAGGGAUAGCGUCGUCAUUGAGCAGAGCUCCUCCCUGAAUGAGGCCAGCAGCGGCCUGUUCGACGUCUUCCUACGCUUCGUGUGCAACCACGUCGUGAGGAUCGGGGGCAAGUCCUACGUCCAGUGUCAGGGGAUCCCGCAGGGCUCCAUCCUGUCCACACUGCUCUGCAGCCUGUGCUACGGCGACAUGGAGAACAAGUUGUUUGCCGGGAUUCGGCAGGACGGGCUGCUGCUGCGUUUGGUGGAUGACUUCUUGUUGGUGACACCUCACCUCAGCCACGCAAAAGCCUUCCUCAGGACCCUGGUUCAAGGCAUCCCUGAGUAUGGCUGCGUGGUGAACUUGCGGAAGACGGUGGUGAACUUCCCCGUGGACGAUGAGGCCUUGGGCAGCGCGGUGUUUGUCCAGCUCCCAGCCCAUGGCCUGUUCCCCUGGUGCGGCCUGCUGCUGGACACCCGGACCCUGGAGGUGCAGAGUGACUUCUCCAGCUACGCCGGGACCUCCAUCAGAGCCAGUCUCACCUUCAACCGCAGCUUCCAGGCCGGGAGGAGCAUGCGUCGCAAACUCUUUGGGGUCUUGAGGCUGAAGUGUCACAGCCUCUUUCUGGAUUUGCAGGUGAACAGCCUCCAGACGGUGUGCACCAACAUCUACAAGACCUUCCUACUGCAGGCUUACAGGUUCCAUGCGUGUGUGCUCCAGCUCCCAUUUCAGCAGCAAGUGUGGAAGAACCCCGCGUUCUUUCUGCGCGUUAUCUCUGACAUGGGCUCCCUCUGCUACUCCAUUCUGAAAGCCAAGAACGCAGGGACGUCACUGGGGGCCAAGGGCGCAGCCGGCCCGCUGCCCUCUGAGGCUGUGCACUGGCUGUGCCGCCGAGCCUUCCUGCUGAAGCUGAGUCGACACCGUGUCACCUACGCGCCGCUCCUGGGGUCGCUCAGGACAGCCCAGUCGCAGCUGAGUCGGAAGCUCCUGGGGACGACGCUGGCUGCCUUGGAGGCUGUCACCAGCCCGGCGCUGCCCUCCGACUUCAAGACCAUCCUGGACUGAUGGCCGCCCACCCACAGCCAGGCCGAGGGAGGGCACCGGCAGCCCUGUCAUGCCAGCCUCUACGUCUGAGGGAGGGAGGGGCAGCCCAUACCCAGGCCAAUGCCGCUGGGCCAGCCCCUCAGGUCCCUGGGUUGUAUGGUGCAAGGGGGACACCAAAGCGCUCCUUCCUAUAUGGGGGUUCCCUCCCUGGUGCCUCCAGGAGCAGAGCCUGCCCACUGAGACCCUCUCAUUGCAGGUGGGGGUGGUCCAUCCUUCAGCUGCCCCCCUUCGGGGGGAGACAGGCUGGAGAAACAGGUGGUGGGUGCUGAGCUUGUCUGCACAUAGCCUGAGGACCAUCCUAGUCUGGGGACCUUUCUCACGUCCCCAAAACAGGGGCUCUUGGGAGGCCCUCAUUCCUCUGCACCCAGCCAGGCUGCAGCAGCCGGGAGCCUCUGGACCCGGGGUGCUGUCCUGGGUGAGGCAUCCUCCUGCUGACCCGCAGCCACCAUCACCCAAACCCCAUCCAAAGUCCACUCCUGACAGGGCUUUCCCUGAAAGCAAAUGGCCGAGUCAGGCGGUUAAAGCCACGUCCUUGCGUGCCCUGUGCCACCCCUGUGUCCCCAUGCUGGGCCCCUAGCCCUGAGCAUCUGGCCGAGGCCUAAGUGUCCGGUGCACCCGCUGU